GCUUCCGCCGCGCCCGGGCCAAUGAGCGCGGGCGGCAACGGGCCCGGAGAGCGCCGGACUGCGGGCACGGCCGCGGGGCCGCGCGGGGAGUGCGGGACGGGGAGGCACCGCGGGCUCCACGCGUGGCUGGUACCUGGCACCAACACUGUGCCCUCUGCUCUGGCUGUGAGGAGUGGCUAUGGAAGAUCCCGACAGGAAGACUGAGGUGGUGCUGCUGGCCUGUGGCUCCUUCAACCCCAUCACCAACAUGCACCUGAGGCUGUUCGAGCUGGCUAAAGACUAUUUCCAUGAAACAGGAAAAUACAAAGUAAUCAAGGGCAUCAUUUCACCGGUGGGUGAUGCAUACAAGAAGAAAGGUCUGAUCAGUGCGAAUCACCGAGUGACAAUGGCAAAACUGGCUACAAAAAACUCGGAUUGGGUGGAAGUUGAUGAUUGGGAAAGCAGCCAGAGUGAGUGGUUGGAAACACUAAAAGUUUUAAGGUACCAUCAUCAAAAGUUUUUACCUGCUGAUGCCACCAACAGUCUGGAGGAUGCUGUGCCCUUAACAAAGCUGGGGAGGAAGAGGAAACAGGAACCAAACAGGCACGAACCCGUUAAAAAGAAAAGUCAGAGCCCGGAUGUAAAAAGUGUCCCCCAGGUUAAGCUGCUCUGUGGCAGCGACAUGCUGGAAUCUUUUGGGAUCCCCAACCUGUGGAAGUUGGAGGACAUCACCGAAAUUGUGGAGAAGCACGGCCUUGUGUGCAUCAGCAGGGCCGGGAACAACGCUCAGAAAUUCAUCUACGAGUCUGAUAUUUUGUGGAGGCACAAGGACAACAUUCACCUGGUGGAGGAAUGGAUCACAAACGACAUUUCCUCCACCAAGAUCCGCAGGGCCCUGCGGAGGGGGCAGAGCAUCCGCUACCUGGUGCCCGACGUGGUCCGGGCUUACAUCGAGAAGAACAACCUGUACAGCCCCGAGAGCGAGGACAGGAAUGCUGGGGUGGUCCUGGCUCCCCUACAGAAAAAUGCAAGUGACUCCAAGAACUGACAGGCACUGAACAGUAACUCACUGUCUGCUGGGGCAAAAGUAUAGCUGGGUACAGGGGAGUGUUUUCUAGGGUUUGGUUCAUUUUUUUUCGGUAAAUAGUGGGCUAAUUCCGUGGCUUUAGCACUUCUGUAGUUGCUGUUGAGGUUUGGUGCACUCAAUGAUUGGACCUCCACGAUCUUUUUCAAGUCCCAUAAUAAGAUUUUCACAUUUUAAACAUUUUGUCACAGAGUAGAAGAAUUCCCACCGGCACAUGAGAAUUGCAAAUGAAUAAGCAAAACAAAGGAAAAUGUUCGGAUUGGUUUGAAUUCAAACUGCUCCGACUGCUAUUUAUAAAAUACCAACACAAAUAUUUUUGAUUACUCCCAGUGUCUUAACAAGGCUAUUUAAUUUCUAACGUACCAUUUGCUGACAGUAAAUCUGUGUAGCUCGAAUUGCCAACGUGUGGUUCACCUCAAAGAAAUGAUUGAGCUCCACCCUGGCAGGGACAAAUGUCCUCCUGGCUGAGGUGCUGCUGGGUACACCUGCUUGGAGCUGCUUGUUUGCCAUCAUGCAAUUUGAUCCCAGAAAUGUCUUGUGCUCUACUCUUCUAUUCAUGUUUCCAGGGCUGUAGUUAAGCUCAGUCAUUUCUGAUGGAAGGACAAACCUACCUCAGAAACUGAUUUAUAGGCACUGAUUUGAUAGAUAGCAAUUAAUAAUAGUGCCAUUGCAAUGAUUCUCAGAUGGUUGUCCCUUUAUUACAAAAAAUAAAUUGCUUUCAAAUAAUAAACCACCUUUUAUGUUUGAGCCACAAGGACAAUAUAAUGGUAUAUAGCCAGAAUUGUUUUCUGUUCUUGCAGUUGAGGGAAAUGGUAGGAAAUUAGUACUGUCCACAAGUGAAAUGUUCUUCUUUGCUAGAAAUCUGGGUUUGAAUCUAACAGUACAUUGCCUGCAUUAUGUGAAUAUGAGCUGGAGAGGCACUGUGAAUGAUGUGGUGAUAGAAUUCUACCUCCUUUUGUUUGCUGCCAUCCCAUUUUUGUUUGGAUUAUGUGCCUUAUUAUAAAUGUCAAGGUUUCCAAGCCACUCUCUGAGGGGUCAGCAGCUCUUUCAGAGAUCUCUGCUCACCCCUUUCAGAUGAUCAAAUCCAGCCCAGUGUGAGCCCCUCAGGGCAUGAGGCCAAGGUGCUCUUGGGCAGGUUUAGAACCAGGAUUGUAACUGUGACAAGCCAUCACCCUCCUCCCCUGGCAGGGCAUCCCCAGGGAGCUGACAGAGUCUGGCCUUCCCUCAGAGCUCAGGGGCAGUCUGGGAGACAGAAGCCAAACACAGAACGUUGUGGGUGGCCCUGGGAGGUUUGUCUAAAAUCAGCAGGGCAGUUGGCACACUGCUGGGAAAACCUGGAUCCUGCAGUGGAGCUGGCACUGGACAUGCAAAGUGGGAGCCCCCCAUGAAAUCCUGCAUUUACCAGCCAAUAGAACAUCUGUGUUCUGCUGGUUCCAGCCUGCCAAGAUGGAAGAAGCCCCAAAGGGAUCAGUGUAAUAAAGUCAAGUCACACCCUAGAAGUGCCUCUGUGCCAGAAAGUAGCACCAAGGAUCCUUAGGGUUGUGUUUUUGGUGAUUCCUCAUCCAAUGUGCUGGCUGCCAUUCCUUCCCCAGAGCUCAGGCAAGUUCACACUGUCCUUUGGUGAUGAGGUUGGGUUCUUUUACCCUCAGCAGUAAUAAAGGAAGGGUAAAUGGUGCCCCUGUGAUACCUCAGCAAUCCAGCUGCCUGAGCUGACUGCAGACACCUGGACUGCUGAUGGGGCCUCUCCUUUCCUCUCUUGCUCACUGUCUGUCCUUGGGACAUGAGAACAGAGGGCAGGAAAGAUUUAUGUUGAGCCCUCAGGUCAACCAUUGUGCUGCUGAAUAAUGGGUCCUUCUAAUGGGACAGCACCCUAUUUAGGUGGUCAUUUUUCAGACUAAAACUGCACUUUAGGUUUAUUCUUAAUAAUGAUGCUGGUGUGUGUUGGUGCACUUUGUGUAAUUGCAGAGAAACUGCAAAUUCAGUAGGAUUUUUUUGUAAAGCUUUGGUCUUCAGUUUUAUUUUGCUGGAGUUUAAUGUGUGGUGGGUCUUCCAAUAAAAUAAAUUGCAUGUCAUAUGCUAAUUUUA